CAUCACACGGUCUCCAGAGACUGAAACCAUCAAUCAAGUCUUCCUCUCUCCGUCCAUCAGCUACAGGCAGGCUGUUUGAUCAUGUGUCCCCCAGUUAACGUUGGCCGUGGGGCCAAGGGCAUGUCCUGCCUCUAUGCGGAAUGGCUAUACCAGCUUGUCCACGGAGACCAGAUGAAGAUCUGCUUUGCUUGCUUCAAGGCAGCUUUCCAUGCAAAUAGAAGAUUGCUGGAGAUGGAAUACUUGGAAGGGCUACCGUUGCAGAAUAAGUCCCAAGAACUGUCAGAGGAAGAAUCUCAGCCUGAAGAUUCUGAGGAAGAAUCUGGGCCAGAGGAGUUGUUAGGGCAAAUCUGUGCAGAAUGUCUAGAACAUCUGUCUGAUACCAUCAGUGAUCAUUCAAGUCCUGGCUUUCUGACUCCAGGCUCUGUAGGGUCAGAUCUGGAGCCUGAGGAAGCUGUACCUCUGGACCCAGGCCCGGAGGAUACUGACUGGAAUCAGGCCCUUCCCUGGAGAUUAGGUAGCUUCUAUCCCUGCCCCCACCAGUGCACCAUCCCCCCUCUGUCCUUGUGGGAUGUUUUCAAUGUGGACCCAUAUCCUGAGCAACCUGUAUUGUUAGAGUUGAGCCCCCUCUGGCCCAUGCACAGUGGAGUAGAAUCGUGGUUGGCAAAACUGGAUUUCAACUUGGUGUUGUAUGGCUGGGGUACCGCCUGCUACUUGCGGUCAAUGACUCCUUUAUGGGCUGUGAGGAUCCAGGUCAAUCUCUGGCAGGUGUUGCUGGACCCUAAAGGCUUGUUGCGGGCCCACCUGAAGACUGUACCUCAAAAGCUGGACCUGGAACGCUAUAGACUGAGCGUCCUGGAGUACUCAUACUCAGGGCUGGGGGUGGAGCUGGUGCCUGCUGACUGCACCCUGCGGAAGGGCGGCUUCAAGGUGCACUCCUACCUGCCCUGGCACACGGACACCCCAGAGGACUGGACCAGGGAGCCAGAAGAGAGAUUGUUUGUCGAUGCUAUCGUUUAUCUGAAUGACUGACAUCUUCCUCUCCUGAGCCUUCCUUCCUGACUCCCGAAUAUCUGAGGCACUGAUACUUAGGCACCCCCAUUGCCCCAAGUCCCCUGGGAAUAUGAAGAUUCAGUGAUUGCCUGUUCUGAGCCGCAGGGAAUGGUUGGUCCAGAAUUUUAGGGGAACAUCUGGAACAAUCUAGGGGCUUUGGGACCUCAGAGGGAAGUCUGGCAUGUUUACAGCAGGAGUUUA